GGGAUCCAUACCCGCCGUGUAUUGACCGGCUUGGUUGCUGUCCUGGAUUGUUCACACCAACUUUAACUUCGUUGCUCCGACUUUCGAAGUACUGCGCGCAGAAGUUGCUUUAUCGUGCCAUGCUCUUGGCUAGGAUUUGGCCUUUCAUCACGCUUGCUGACACGGGAACGAGGUUUCAAUCACCGAGUUGCGAGUGAAGCUCCUGAUCGCGUCGACACUUACAAUAUGACUCCAGCAAUGUCAUACGUUCUUCUCGUGCUCGGACUGGCAGUUCUGCCUGCUGUGAAUGGACAAUGCAUCAAUGUUACACUUCCCAACAUUCUCAACUUGGGAGAGUGCCUUGGAACUACGUUGAGAGCCUGUCCUGACACGUCGGCGGGCCUUGUACCAGAUCUCACUCGUGUCCUCAGGUGCGUACUCCAGAUUCUGCCUCAGGUUGGAAGCCCAGUCUCCGUGCUCUUCAACGUCGUCGGUCUCCUUGAAGCAGUUUUGGCUAGGCUCGGCCUAUCUGGUGACAUCGGUGGUCUUACUGACAUCCUCUGCAAUCCCCUUGGAAUCCCGCUAUUCACCUGUGGUGCUUUCAGUCCAGGAAACAUCGCCUGCCAAGAACCUCUCCAGAUCAGCUUGCCCAGCGUGUUCAACGUGGGAGCGUGUCUGAACACGACCCUCUUGUUCUGCGAAGCCGGAUCCACAAUUUCGGACUCCAUUUUGAGAGAACUGUUCCAAGCAGUCGGCUGUAUUCUGAGCGUGGCCCCGGAGGGUCUGCAACUGGACCUUGUCUCGAGCCUGGUGUGCCCCCUGGUGGACAUCCUCAACUCGUCACUGAACGAGUUCACCUCGCUGCUGCCGUUCCGAUUCCUGACGCGAGGAAUCACUAACGCCGUCAACUCGCUCACCAACAACCUGCUCGGGGCCGUCGGUAACUGUAACAGAUAACUUUCAAGAUCUAACUGCGCCCGAGUUCAGCCCAUCUGCCAGGAAAAGAAGCAAAAUGAGGCAGAACAUCGACGCCAUUUUCCGGACUGAAGUAGAAGCUGCCAUACUCAUCCACAGAGUCAGGAGCCACCGCCACAAGACCUACCAGCAGUCGUCAUGUCCCGCUCCAUACAGGAUGUCCUGGAUGUGCAAGCAUGACAGACAAACAAGGAAAUCUUGUCGGAGCACGCAGAUGCUCGAAAAAUCACCAAUAACUGCAUCGUGUUAUUCUAAGCCGAGCCCUUGGCCCUGUGUCUCGUAGCCGUACAAAUGCAGCGAGGGAAUGGCUGAACGUCUGCCAGUCGUGACUCAAGCAUAGACCCAUUUGACGUUCGAUUCGUCAGGUUCUUGGUGAAUAAAGCAAAUAAUUGUUCUCAA